UUAUUACUAUUUUUGCAACCAAUUGUUUGAUUUCCAUCAUAGUAAUUAAAAUAAAAAUAAUUUUAUACAUGUAAAGUAUUUUAAGUUGGUGUAAUAGUAAAUGUGCAAAAAUUUUAAAUUUUGCAAAUAUCCAUAUUUUGAGUGUUUAUCAUGACUAUUGGCAUCUUAGGUGGUGGCAUUGCUGGCUUAAGUAUUGCAUAUUAUUUGAAAAAAAGUGGGAUAAAUGAUCCUAUAUCAAUAAUUGAAUUAAAUGAUUACUCUGGUGGAUGGGUUCACUCUUAUGUAGACAAAAAAACCAAUGUUAUUACUGAAUUAGGACCUCGUACAAUAAGAGGCUCUGGAGAUGCUGCGUACAAUACAAUAAGUUUAAUUAAAGAAUUGGGUAUUUACAAUUUAGUAAAACCAAUUUCAACUGAUGCUGGUUCAAGGUACAUAUAUGUAAAUGGAAGAGUUCACAAACUACCUAAUGGAUUUUUUCAAGCGUUAUUUACUGUCAACCCUCCAUUUACUCAUUCAUGGAGUUAUUACAUUUUACGUGAAAUAUUUUUAGCAAAAAACAGUACUAGUAAUGACUUUGAUGGUGAUGAAAGUAGUUAUAGUUUUUUUUGUCGAAGGUUUGGUAAAGAAUUUGCUGACUAUUUAAUUUCUUCCUUAUUGUGUGGAAUAUGUGGAGGUGAUGCUAAAAGUAUCACUAUAAAACUUAUGUUUGGUAAACUAUAUGAAGCUGAGCGUAAACAUGGCAAAGUUAUUCUUGGUUUAUUAAAAGAAUCAUGGAGUAAUCAUUUAAAAGGUGCAAAUGUUCCAUCACCAAUUGAAAAAUCACCUGCAAUAUAUUACUUAGAGGGUGGACUUCAACAAUUGGCUAGAGCUUUGCAUUUAAGGAAUGAAAAUUUUGGCACAAAUAUUCAACUUAAAACUAAAUGUACUGAACUGCAUUUUCAUGAUAAGGGUGCGACUGUUCUACUAUCUAAUGGCCAACUCCUAGAAUGUUCACAUGUAAUUAGUGCUUUACCAUCUCAUACAUUAGCAUCAAUUCUGAAAGAAAAAAAUGACUACUCAUCCCUUAUUUCACUUUUAAAGUCUAUCCCAACUGUUUCUAUUGUUACUGCUAAUUUAUCAUACAAAAAUCCUGAUGUUCUACAAAAGUACAAAGGAUUUGGUGUGUUAACUCCACCUCAAGAAAAUAUAUCUUUAUUGGGUAUUACAUUUGACAGUUGCUUAUAUGGUCUUCAGGAUCAAGUUGACUUAACUGUGAUGAUGGGUGGACAUAGUUAUCAAAAAUAUUUUGGAAGUGAUACUACAUUAGUGACUGAGGAUAACCUUACAAAAACUGCUAUAGAACAUGUUCAACGGGUAUUAGAUAUUCAGGAGAUGCCCUAUAAAUAUAGUGCAAGGGUGCUUAAAAAUUGUAUUCCCCAAUAUACUCUUGGUCAUUAUGAUCGAAUUGCAAAAAUACAAAAUUAUAUUUCAAAUAAACAAUUGCCUCUUACAUUAGUUGGUUCAUCUUAUCACGGUAUUAGUAUAAAUGAUGUUAUAUUUGCAUCAUUGAAAGCAAGUAAAACAUUUCUUAAACGGUAAAAGUAUUAAAUUUAUUUUUAAGACUAGUUAUAUAUGUUGUUAAAAUUGUGUAUUUUAUAAAUAAAUAGUUAUUUUUAUUUAAA